AUGGUGUGUGGUGGGCGAUCAGAGGCACCGCGCACAAUAUACAGUUCUAGUUCUUCCUUGGCAUUAUCGCUUCAUGUACCAGAUUAUAAUCUACCCGAAGGAGCUGGUUUCCGUGGAACAUUUCGGUUCUUAGAUAAAAGGUUAUUUAGGACUGAUGGGCAAAAAUUAGCUGGGACUGAAUGCGAUCACCAAUUUUUGUCUGGAGAUCUUAGUCCUUCGAGUGGACAUUUCCAUAGCCCACGAUAUCCGGCCACGUAUCCAGGAAAAGUGAGCUGUUCAUAUCGUUUUCGAGCCAGGCCAUCUGAGCGCAUCAAAAUCGUUUUUGAAGAAUUUUCUAUGCAGAAAGGAGAUUUAAGUUGCGCCGACAGUGAUGAUGUAAUCACCGUGCACGAUGGCGGAACUCGUAAUGCACCUGUAAUUCGCGCUUUAUGCAAUGAAGGCGCAGAAGUAGAGGUGUUGUCUACAGGCCGUGAACUACUAGUUCAUUUUUUUGCGAAAUCAAAUAUACCAGGACAUGGUUUCAAAGCAACGUUUCAAUUUCAAGGACUACAUGAAAUUGAUUCUAAUCACAUAUUGGAGCAUGCAGCCGGAAUCUUCAAUGCAGCUUUGAAUAAUGUUCACACAGGAUCAUCAGAUUGUGAUUCAUUUUUUAAUAGCGAUGUUGCAAAAGAAGGGAUUUUUACAUCGCCAUUAUAUCCAUCGUCUUAUCCAGCAAAGACACACUGCAAGUUUCAUUUUCAGGGACGUGGUAAAGAAAGAGUUCAAAUUGUAUUCACACACUUUGAUCUUCCUGGUGUAAGCGUUGACACGAAAGAGUGCGACAAUAGCGACCGUAUCGAUAUAUAUGUGCCGAUUGAAGGCCGAAUGGAGAAAACCGAAUCUCUAUGCACUCUGGGUCCGGAUCGCUUGCCCGGCCCCGUCAUGUCGAACGGUGCUCGCAUGCUGCUAGAAUUCAAUGGUGAUGGCGACGUAGAAGGUCCACCGCGUUCCUUUAAAGCAGUAUAUAGAUUUACAGAAGAUUUUGGCAUAACUAGUGGAAGACAAGUAGCGGAACAACCAUGCGCAUUUUCUUUUGAAUCCAGUUCUCGGAUGUCAGGAAUUUUUACAUCCCCAAAUUUUCCGGGUUCGUAUCCUCGAGAUACAGAAUGCCGCUAUUACUUUCGCGGCGCUCCAGGUUUGCGAGUUCGUCUUCACUUCACAUAUUUUGAUGUAGAAGGUGUAUUACCGUGUGAGGCUGUCAGCGCAAGUGAUUAUGUCGAGUUCUCAAACUAUAUGACUCACGACCCUAAACAUCGGAGACACUGCGGCCAAGUUGAAGAAUUCACUAUAGAUUCGGAAGAUAAUUUCUUUCGGGUCAGUUUUCGCUCAAAUGAUCGUUUAGAUGGAACCGGCUUCGAGGCCUCGUACAUGUUUUACAGCGAAGAUUACGGGGAAAUUCAGCAUCUAGAGGAGGAAGAUUCAGAUGAUCUGGAGUCCAACGUGGUCACAGCAAGAGGGCCAAGUUCUGUCGCAAACAAAUAUAAUACGAGUGCAGUGAUUGUGUGUUUAUCCGCACUUUUGAAAUAUCUGAUGUGA